ACGAAUGAAAUGCUCGGAAUAACAACAUUGUCCAUUUUUUUUUCUUUUAGAUGGAAACUGAAUCAAAUGUGUGUUCAUAAAAAUAAAGCAUGUUGCUUAACUGCUAAAAAGACAUAGAGCUAGUUAGCAUUAGCGCUCAGUCUCAGUCUCACUCUGCGAGUAAACAACACAAAGGUUCCGCUUGCCACAGGACCUAACAGAAAGGAGCACAAAAGGUUUUGCUGCAUUGCUGCAGCAGAGUAUUUGCCCUGUGGUCAAUGGAGUCACUCAACUCGUUUGAAUCUGAAAUGGAGCCUGAUGGGCAGACAAACUACUCUCUUUUUCCUGCUCUGGACAGCAUAGCAAGCCUGUCUGGGACAGCAGAAAAUCUAGAGAGUGAACCACCCAGUGAAAUUACAGAGAAACCAAAUCUCACAUGGCUUGAUGCCGCUCAGAUUGUACUGGAGGAAGCUGGCCGUCCCAUGCACAUAAAGGAGAUUAAGCAGAGAAUCAUUGACCGGGGACUUGUUCAAUCCAAGUACAGUUAUCGUUCUCAUUUGAUGCUAAAAGUUCUUGUUGCAAAAUCGAGCCUGGAAGCCGUCAUGUAUCGUGAGACACAAAAAGGCAGCAGGAGAUUCAAGAGGAUUGAAAACAGAAAUGGAGUCUUUGCAUUACUGACCGAUGAGGAGCGGCAGCAGGCCCUCACAGCCCAGGCUUUCCUCAGCUCGCCGCCACCGGUGCCUCAGAGCGGAGCCUCCAGCUCUGGCUCCGGGGCCUCGAUGCCUGCUUAUCCCUCUCCCUCAAGUUCCUCUGAGCAGAAACCGAAGAUAAAGAGAGGCCAGCGAAAAAACCAGAAUGAGAAAUACAGACUGAAGUACCAGAGGCUGCGCAAAGCUGCUCGCACCAUGAUAUUUGAAAAUGCUGCACUCUGUGAUGAAAUUGCUCACACAGAAGAGAAGUUUCUAAGAGCAAAAGAGGAGCGCAAGUUCUUAUUAAAGUCCUUGUUGCAGUACCAGACUCUGUCAGAGGGGGAGCUAUUACCUACACCCAGUUCCAGCUCCGUUCCUUCUGUUCCACCUGCGGCACUGACUUCAGCUCCUGCUGCAGGGCCUUCAGGCUCGUCUUUGGCACAUAACCCAAUGUCACUGGUGUCAAUAGGAGAGGAGGGUCUUCUUAAAAAAACCAAGAAAGAAAGGAAAGACCGGGGAAAGGAAAACGGAAAGGAAGAAUUUCCAAAGAAGAUGUCCAAGAAGAGGAAGCUGGCAGACGGGUCACGCAGACUGGUGCAGCCCAUUCCGCUGGACUCGUCGGGCCGUCCCGUGUUUCCCAUCGUACUCGGAGGUUUAACGGUCUACAGCCUAGGAGAGAUAAUCACAGACAGGACGUUGUUUUACGACGAGUGUGCCAUCUACCCAGUGGGCUUCUGCAGCACGCGUGUCUAUGCCAGCAUGAAACACCCUGAGCAGCAGUGCCUCUACACCUGCCAAAUCAAGGAUGGAGGGACAGGCCCACAGUUUGAGAUUGUACCCGAAGAAGAUCCUCAGAAUGCCAUCGUAGCCUCCUCUGCUCUGACAUGCCAUUCAAAUCUGCUGAAGGCUAUCGCAUCCAACAGUUCUCAGGUCGUGGCACCCAUAAUUCCAUCAGGAGCGGGCUUCUUCGGCUUCUCUCAUCCAACUAUUCAGAAUCUGAUCCAGAGCUGUCCUGGAGCUCGCAAAUGUAGCAACUACAGAUGGAUUCGUUUCGAGGUGUGUCGUCAUGGUGAUGGCCAGCUCCCUCACGGCCUAUCAGAAGAUGACGCCUCCAUUAGCUUCGAGGCCUACCUGAGACACCAAGGCCUGAAUGGGAGCAUCAAGUUGGAGCACAUCACAGGACAAUCACCUACAUCUCCUAGUUCCUCGCAUCAGCAACACCAGACCUCUCCCACUAUGAAGCCCUCCACUUCUUAUUUUGGCUCCUGAGAGUCCUCUCUGAAAUCACGUCUUUUUUUCCUUCAUUUCACCAUUUCAAAAAUCUGAGGCUUGUUUAGCAUGUAGACAUCCUCGGGUAUUUCGUAAGAGAAAUCCUGAAAGAUCACACACUAGAAAUAUUUAAGUUAAACAUGGCUGAGCUGUUGCAUUCAAAAAAUUUGUCAAAUAUCUGGUUUCUCUAUGUUAGUAUAAAGGUUGAUAUCUGGUUGUAGAAAUCAAGUUUAGUUUAUAUUGUUCCAUUUUUUAAAGUGUACAAUCUUGUCUAUCAAUGUGGAUUACAGAAGGAAAUGUUACAAAGCUGUGUAUAAUCAUGAAGAGUUGUAUAUAGAAUUAAAGUGCCAUUUAAAUA